AUGCUCUGUUUGGGCUGGGUGUUUCUUUGGUUUGUUGCAGGAGAGAAGACCACAGGAUUUAACCAUUCAGCUUGUGCCACCAAAAAACUUCUGUGGACAUAUUCUGCGAGGGGGGCGGAGAACUUUGUCCUAUUUUGUGACUUACGAGAGCUUCAGAAGCAAGAUUUCUCCCAUAGAAGUCAACCAUCACCAACACUAGGUCCUGCUCACCAACCUUGCAGUGGCAGUGAGAAGGACCUCUCUGACAUCCAGUGGUACAUGCAACCUCGGAGUGGCGGUCCACUAGAGGAGAUCAAUAGAAACUCUCCUCAUAUGCAGAACAAAGGCACGCUGCGUAUAUUGGCCCCACAGAUGAACAGCAUUUGGUCAUAUAUUUGUAGACCCAGAAGUAGGAGGCCCCAGGAUACAGCUUGCUGUGUGAAGACCGUCUUGGAAGUUAAGCCUCAGAGAAAUGUAUCCUGUGGGAGCUCAGCACAAGAUGAGCAAGUCCUACUACUUGGCAGCACUGGCUCCAUUCACUGUCCCAGCCUCAGCUGCCAAAGUGAUGUACGGAGUCCAGAGAUGACCUGGUACAAGGAUGGAAGACUCCUGCCCGAGUAUAAGAAAAAUCCAAUUGAGAUGGAAGAUAUUUAUGAUUUUCACCAAGGCUUGUACGUGUGCGAUUACACUCAGUCAGAUAAUGUGAGUUCCUGGACCGUCCGAGCCGUGGUUCAAGUGAGAACCAUUGAUGAGGACACCAAUGUAAAGCCGGACAUUCUGGAUCCCGUUACAGACACUCUGGACGUGGAGCUUGGAAAGGCUUUUACUCUACCCUGCAGAGUACAGUUUGGCUUCCAAAGAUAUUCAAAGCCUGUAAUAAAGUGGUAUGUCAAAGAAUCUACACAGGAGUGGGAAAUUUCAGAAUUUGUGGAGAAAAGGAUUCAAUCCACUUUGAAGAACGAAGUCAUUGAACAUACCAUCUUCUUGAGAGAAGUCACCCAAAGAGAUCUCAGCAGAAAGUUUGUUUGCUUUGCUCAGAACUCCAUUGGGAACACAACACGGACCAUCCGUCUGAGGAAGAAGGAGGGAGUGGUGUUUCUAUACAUCCUCCUCGGCCUGACUGUGAUGCUGGUGGGCGUUCUGGUGGCAGCUGCUUUGCUCUACUGGCACUGGAUUGAAGUUGUCCUGCUGUGCCGAACCUUCAAGAACAAAGAUGAGACUCUGAGGGAUAAGAAGGAAUUUGAUGCAUUUGUAUCCUAUGCCAAUUGGAGCUCUCCUGAGACUGAAGCCACGGGAUCUCUGAGUGAGGAACACUUGGCCCUGAAUCUUUUCCCGGAAGUGCUAGAGAACACAUAUGGAUACAGCUUGUGUUUGUUUGAAAGAGAUGUGACCCCAGGAGGAGUAUAUACUGACGACAUUGUGAGCAUCAUUAAGAGAAGCCGAAGAGGAAUAUUUAUCCUGAGUCCCAGAUACAUCAAUGGACCCCGUGUCUUUGAGCUACAAGCAGCAGUGAACCUUGCCUUGGUUGAUCAGACACUGAAGUUGAUUUUAAUUAAGUUCUGUUCCUUCCAAGAGCCAGAAUCUCUUCCUUACCUCGUCAAAAAGGCCCUGCGGGUUCUCCCCACAGUCACGUGGAAAGGCUUGAAGUCGGUCCACGCCACUUCUAGGUUCUGGACCCAAAUACGUUACCACAUGCCCGUGAAGAACUCCAACAGAUUUAUGUUCAACUGGCUCAGAAUUAUCCCGAAGGGCUUUUCCCCUGAGAAGGACCUAGCAACGCAGAAAUCCUUGGGAGGAAUGCCCAACUCGGGAAACAGCCAUGGAGCUCAGAACAGAACGCCCGAUGCAGGGAACAGACACGGAGCUCAGAACCUCCUUCUCUCCAGCCACCAGAAGAGGUGCUGAUGGGCAGAACUUGCUGUGAGGAUCAGGCUGACAGAAAAUCGAGCCUU